CUGGCGGGUAGCGAGCGGGUGCACGUGACGGGGGCGGUGGGGCGGAGGCUGGAGGAGAGCAAGAAGAUCAACGCAUCGCUGUCGGCGUUAGGUAACGUCAUCGCUGCGCUCACCGACCGGCGAGAGCGCUCCCACAUCCCCUACCGCGACUCCAAGCUAACCCGGUUGUUGGAGGAUUCGUUGGGCGGCAACUGCCGUACAACCAUGAUUGCCACCAUCGCGCCCUCCCUGGAGUCCUUCCAGGAGUCCCUCUCUACCCUCAAGUUUGCAAACAGGGCCAAGAACAUCCAGAACGAGGCGCACGUGAACGAGGACCUGGACCAGCGCACCAUGCUGCGCAAGUACGAGCGGGAGCUGCGGCGGCUGCGGGACGAGCUGGCGCGGAGGAGUCGCAACGUGGUUGACAAGCGGGCGCUGCUGGUGGCCGAGGAGCAGGCCAAGCGGGCCGAGGCGGACAAGCUGGCCGCCCUCACCGCCCUGCAGGAGCGCAGCCGGGAGUUCCUGCGGGAGAAGGAGGAGAAGCGGCAGCUGGAGCUGCAAAUCCAGCGCCUGCAAUCCCAGCUGCUGGGCGGCGGUGGCUCCGGAGCCGCCCUGCAUGAGGUACCGGCGGUGCGAGCCAUGGUGCAGCGGGAGGCGAACAAGGUCAAGGAGCACUACGAGGCGCGCAUCCGCGCACUGGAGGCGGAGCGGCAGGACGCGGAGGGCAGCGCCAGUGCGGAGGUGGACCGCUACAAGCAGCUGCUGUUGAAGCAGCGGGACAUCAUGAUUGCACUCACGGCGCGGCUGAACGAGCGGGACGAGCGGAUAAACAGCCUGCAGGAGGAGCUGGAUGCGUACGACAGGUACCAGCGGCAGUUGGAGGAUCAGUUGGAC